CCCAUUUUUAAUUUUUUCCCUCCCUCCCCCCUUUUCUCAAUUUUGUGUCCUGCCCCCCCUUCCCUCCCCCACCACCAGCGGGUCCUCAAUGCCUCUCUGAACAACAUCUAGGGAGAGAGCGUGAGGAGGAGACCCGGGGAGGCAAAAGAGAAAGAAGAAGAUGAGGAUUAUUUGCAGACAGCUUGUCUUGUUGUUUUCUGGCUUUUGGGGACUCGCAAUGGGCGCUUUUCCUAGCAGCGUGCAAAUAGGUGGCCUCUUCAUCCGAAACACAGAUCAGGAAUAUACUGCUUUUCGAUUAGCAAUUUUUCUUCACAACACCAGCCCCAACGCAUCCGAAGCACCUUUUAAUUUGGUUCCUCAUGUAGACAACAUUGAAACAGCAAACAGCUUCGCUGUAACAAAUGCCUUCUGCUCCCAGUAUUCAAGAGGAGUUUUCGCCAUUUUUGGACUGUACGAUAAAAGAUCAGUACACACCUUGACCUCAUUCUGCAGCGCCUUGCACAUCUCCCUCAUCACGCCGAGUUUUCCCACCGAGGGCGAGAGCCAGUUUGUGCUGCAACUGAGGCCUUCCUUACAGGGAGCACUGCUAAGCUUGCUGGGCCACUAUAAAUGGAACCGGUUUGUCUUUCUUUAUGACACAGACAGGGGUUACUCAAUACUUCAAGCUAUUAUGGAAACAGCAGGAGAAAAAAGCUGGCAAGUCAGCGCCAUAUGUGUGGAGAAUUUUAAUGAUGCAAGCUACAGGCAGCUUUUAGAAGACUUGGACCGGAGACAGGAAAAGAAAUUCGUAAUAGAUUGUGAAAUAGAGAGGCUUCAGAAUCUCUUAGAACAGAUUGUGAGUGUUGGAAAGCAUGUUAAAAACUAUCAUUACAUCCUUGCAAACCUGGGAUUCAAGGAUAUUUCUUUGGACAGAUUUAUGCAUGGAGGAGCCAAUGUCACAGGGUUUCAGCUGGUGGAUUUUAAUACGCCUAUGGUUGCUAAACUCAUGCAACGGUGGAAGAAACUGGACCAGAGAGAAUACCCGGGGUCAGAGACUCCUCCUAAGUAUACCUCUGCUCUAACCUACGAUGGAGUGCUUGUGAUGGCUGAGACAUUCCGUAACCUUCGAAGGCAGAAAAUUGACAUUUCUAGGAGGGGGAAUGCAGGGGAUUGUCUUGCAAACCCGGCUGCACCGUGGAGCCAAGGGAUUGACAUGGAGAGAACGUUGAAACAGGUUCGAAUACAAGGACUCACGGGAAAUGUUCAAUUUGACCACUAUGGCCGCCGAGUCAACUAUUCAAUGGACGUGUUUGAACUGAAGAGCAAUGGCCCUCGAAAGAUUGGUUACUGGAAUGAUAUGGAUAAAUUCGUUUUGAUUCAGCACGAGCCUACAUUGGGAAAUGACACGUCAGCUCUUGAGAACAGAACAGUAAUCGUAACCACAAUUAUGGAAGCCCCAUAUGUUAUGUGGAAAAAAAACAGAGAACUGUUUGAAGGGAAUGACAAGUAUGAAGGAUACUGUGUAGACCUGGCAUCAGAAAUUGCAAAGCAUAUUGGCUUCAAGUACAAAAUUGCUAUUGUUCCUGAUGGAAAAUAUGGAGCAAGGGAUCCAAACACAAAAAUCUGGAAUGGGAUGGUGGGAGAACUGGUGUAUGGGAAAGCAGAGAUUGCUGUUGCGCCUCUGACCAUCACUUUGGUACGAGAGGAAGUUAUCGAUUUUUCUAAGCCCUUUAUGAGUCUGGGCAUAUCCAUUAUGAUCAAAAAGCCUCAGAAAUCUAAACCCGGAGUGUUUUCCUUUCUGGACCCCUUAGCCUACGAGAUCUGGAUGUGCAUAGUCUUUGCCUACAUUGGGGUCAGUGUUGUCCUGUUCCUGGUGAGCAGGUUUAGUCCAUAUGAGUGGCACACAGAGGAACCAGAGGAUGGCAAAGAAGGGCCCAGUGACCAGCCUCCCAAUGAAUUUGGCAUCUUCAACAGCCUGUGGUUUUCCCUGGGUGCCUUCAUGCAGCAAGGAUGUGAUAUUUCUCCCAGAUCCCUCUCAGGUCGCAUAGUUGGAGGUGUGUGGUGGUUCUUCACACUCAUCAUUAUUUCAUCAUAUACUGCUAAUCUUGCGGCUUUCUUGACUGUUGAGCGAAUGGUCUCGCCCAUAGAAAGCGCAGAAGACCUUGCCAAACAAACUGAAAUUGCAUAUGGGACACUGGACUCUGGGUCAACGAAAGAAUUCUUCAGAAGAUCUAAAAUAGCAGUGUAUGAAAAGAUGUGGGCGUACAUGAGCACAACAGACCCGUCCGUGUUCGCUAGGACUACGGCUGAGGGAGUUGCCCGUGUUCGCAAGUCCAAGGGCAAGUUUGCCUUCCUCCUGGAGUCCACCAUGAAUGAAUACAUUGAGCAGCGCAAGCCAUGUGACACCAUGAAAGUGGGAGGAAAUCUGGAUUCGAAAGGCUAUGGCGUAGCCACACCAAAGGGUUCUUCAUUAAGAAAUGCUGUUAACCUCGCAGUUUUAAAACUGAAUGAACAAGGCCUCUUGGACAAAUUGAAAAACAAAUGGUGGUACGACAAAGGAGAAUGUGGCAGCGGGGGAGGUGACUCCAAGGACAAGACGAGCGCCCUGAGUCUCAGCAAUGUUGCGGGCGUCUUCUACAUUCUGGUUGGAGGCCUGGGCCUGGCUAUGCUGGUGGCUUUGAUAGAGUUCUGUUACAAAUCCAGGGCAGAGGCGAAGAGAAUGAAGCUGACCUUUUCUGAAGCCAUACGAAACAAAGCCAGAUUAUCCAUCACAGGGAGCAUGGGAGAAAACGGACGCAUUCUGACUCCCGACUGCCCAAAGGCUGUACACAGUGGAACUGCAAUUAGACAAAGUUCGGGAUUGGCGGCAAAGUGGAGAACCAACUGCUCUAGAAGUCAAUGAACAUGCUUACCUGUGUUUCCCGACGAUCAACAUUAUACAGUGGGAAGAAUGUCCGGCUGUGGAAACAAGUCACUAAACUGUGAUAAGAAAAUAAAUAUGUAAAUCCUGUGAAAAAAUAAAAGAAAUUAAUUACUUUUUUCUUUGGGGGAAAAAAGAGGAAUAUUGAAACAUGCUUGCUUUUUAACGGAUGUAAAUUCAGUAGAGGACAACACAAUUCUUUUUUCUAACCAUCUUAGGGAACAAUUCAUUGCAAUAAUUGAUAUAAAAUGUCAUCACUGUAAUAAAAUUCAGAGACUUUUUUUUUAUAAACAUUGUUGGUCAUCCUCAUUCUGUCCCAUCAUUCCGUGUUCCAUGGAUUUGCAUCUGUCUAACUACAAGAAACCAACAAAUAAGUUUAGAGAACACAAUCAGUCUGCAGUAUAGAAUCAAAAGAGACUACGGGUCACUCAUGUUACCGAUAUUAUUUAUAAUCUUGUUCUGUGUAAGAAACUGUGGUUUUUGUACCCACCAAAAAAGAAUAAAACAACAACCGUUCUUUUAAUACCUGGUGACCUGGAGUGGUUUUCUGACUAUCAGGAAUGCUGUUCCCAACAGGUCAAUAGAGCUGAGGGUAAAUUGUAUUUGAGACGAAUUUACAUUCUGACGCCAAGAAGUGUGGCCAG